CCAAAUUUUUCAAGACCUCAGCUAGAAACUCGUGUCCCACCUGCAAGUUCAUGGGAAAGAACUCUUCCCAUCUCGUGUUUGAAUCCAGAGAAUCGAUCUCGAAUAGCAUACUCGUCUUCGAUUUUGAAAGUGCUGUUUUGAGAUCUACUACUUUGUUUCCAUAUUUCAUGCUCGUGGCUUUUGAAGCCGGUGGGCUUCUAAGGUUUCUCCUUUUGUUUCUUUCAUAUCCCUUGGUGUGGCUGGCUGGAGAGCACCAGAUGGGGUUGAAGGUCAUGGUUUUCUUAAGCUUCUUUGGGAUAAAAAAAGAUACGUUCAGAAUUGGAUCUUCCGUUCUUCCAAAGUUCUUCUUGGAAGAUGUCGGGUGUGAGGGCUUUGAAGCUGUCAUGACUUUUAGACGAAAGGUGGCAAUUAGUAAGAUGCCAAGAAUCAUGGUCGAGAACUUCCUGAACGAGUACAUAGGAGCUGAGACUGUUGUAGCAGGAGAGGUUAAGUCCUUAUACGGAUACUUUUUGGGAUUCAUGGAAGAUAAGAUACAGCGAAACAAAGCCCUCUUGGAAGAACUUGAGGAGAAUAAAGCAACGCAUAACGUUGUCGGCAUGACUUGUCAAAAGCAUGUUGACCAGCAAGUUUUCUCACAUUGCAAGGAGGCACAUUACGUGAGUGAUGCUGAAAAGAGAAAGUGGCACGUCCUUCCAAGAGACAGAUACCCUAAGCCUUUAAUCUUUCAUGAUGGGAGAUUGGCUUUCAGGCCGACCCUUUCUUCUUCUCUAGCCAUGUUCAUGUGGCUUCCCUUGGGACUGCUCAUAUCCCUCAUCAGAUUCGCAGCCGGCGAAUUAUUACCCCUCAAAACUUGCGGACCAAUAUAUGCCUUAUCGGGCUCCAGAAACACGGUUUCAAGAACUUAUAACAUUGAUACCCAAGAAGAGUCCACCAAACCAAAGGGUAUGCUCUAUGUUUGCAAUCACAGAACCUUACUCGACCCGCUCUUCAUCUCAUAUGCUUUGGACAAACCAGUGUCUGCGGUUACAUACAGUUUAAGUAGAUUCCAUGAGCUAGUUGCCCCGAUCAAAACCAUCCGAUUAACCAGAGACAGAGACGAAGACAGAAAAACAAUGGAGAAACUACUAACCUCUGGCAGCCUGGUCGUUUGUCCUGAAGGAACCACUUGUAGAGAACCUUAUCUGCUAAGGUUCAGUCCUCUGUUUGCGGAGCUUACGGAUGAUAUUGUUCCUGUGGGCCUUGAUGUUAAAGUCUCGAUGUUCUAUGGAACAACGGCGAGCGGGCUUAAGUCUCUAGAUGCUUUGUUUCAACUUCUGAACCCAAACCCUUCGUAUCACAUAAAGAUUCUGCAGAGAUUGCCGGAAUCGAGCACGUGCCAAGCGGGGGGUAAGUCAAGGGUUGAAGUGGCGAAUCACGUGCAGUCCGAAAUCGGGAAGGCCUUGGGGUAUGAAUGCACCAGCUUCACAAGGAAAGACAAGUACAUGAUCUUGGCAGGACAUGAAGGCCUCUGUAGUGAACGGCCUGGGAAUUAAUGAAUCCAUCGCCAUUUGUGGAGGGUUUCGCUGGCUAGCAGAAGGACUGCGUGGGAUCACUAGAGAAGACAGUGUACCAGUGAGUUGUGUUGGUGAUUAUUGUUCCGAUAUUAAGAAUAAUGUCGUGUCCUGUUGAUCAAUAAGUGCAUUGGUUUGCAUCUUUGUUUUUUUUACUGAUAAGCUGAAAAAGAGUUUGCAUCCUUAUGUCGUUUACACUGAUUUUGUAAUGUGGCGCAUAUUGCAUGUAAUUUUAUUUGGAAAUA